AUGAUGCCGCCGAUCUCGCACCCGCGUCGCAGCAGCGCAAGCACGGGUGCCGACAGCGAUAUGUUCGCUCGUUCCGCCGUCUUAUCGACCUCGUCCACUUCCCAUGCGGAGCGCCAGCCGCUGCUGUCUGGUGCGCCACCGCCCCAGGUGUUCGCUCAUCCGGUCGAGUGUGCGUCACUCACCAGCCGCCUUCUACUACAGUGGGUCAUGCCGUCCGUCACACUUGCCAACCGGCCGGAGACUCAUACGCAGUAUCAGAGGCAGUUCCAGCCGCAACAACAGCGCCAGCGAAGCCGAGGAUCUGCCAAACGAGGGCUCCAACAAGCGGACGUCUGGGAACUGCCGCCUCGUGCGCGGGCCGAGCCUGGCACCAAUGCGCUGCAACGCGCAUGGAUCACGAGUGGCUCCUUGUCAAUGGCUUUCGUCAAGGCGCAUGGGCUGAAGUUCGUUGGCCUCGGCGUUCUACAUGCCAUCGUGCAGCUCUGUGACCUGUUGGGGCCCUAUGCGCUGUUUCGAGGCGUGCUACUGUUACAGGAACAAGAGCAGCAAUACCAAGAGGACGACGACACUAGACACAGCCUUCUUUUCUGGCUGGGAACGCUUCUCUUCUCCCGAAUACUGCGCUCACUUCUCUCAGCCUUCGUUCGCGCAGAGAUGCAGACGUUGACGCUGCGACUCACUGCGGCACUGCAGAGUCUGGUGUUCCAGAAGGCCCUGAGACUCCCAAACGCCUCAGUACGAGACGCUGACGCUCUGUACGCGUCUGAUGUGAUGCAGCUACUGCAUGGCGCUGCAUGUCUGCACGAACUAUGGGUAGCUCCAUUAAUGUUGGCGCUGAUUCUAGCUUUGAUCGAAAAGUUCAUUGGCGUCUCAGCAUGUGGAGCUGUCGUGGGUGCACUAGUCAUGACACUCGUGGUCUCCCAGGUACUGAAUCAACUGCAGCUCCGCUCUCUAGACCGACUACGACGAACACGAGAGGACCGACAGAACUCAGCAAACGAAAUGGUCGACGCUAUGCCUGCAGUCAAGUUACAUGCGUGGGAACCUGCUGCAAGAGCGCGUGUAAAUGCCACACGCGGUCGUGAACUGGCAGCUCUGUGGCGAUUCCAAGUGCGAGGUGCCGCCGAAGCAGCUUUCAACUUCGCGACGCCGGUAUUAGUAGCCACAGCCGCCCUGGUUGUGGGCUACCACUCGUCCACGCACCCACUCACUCCAGCAUCAGCAUUUGCCACACUGGCGCUUGUGCGUCUCAUGCAGACGCCACUUCGAUCGCUUCCCGAGGCGAUACUAGGAGCUCGGGCGGCGUGGCAAUCGCUGCACAAUUUGUCGCACUUUAUGGACCAGGAAGAGCUGAAUCCGUACGCUGUAGCUGGACGUGACAGUCUGGGGAUGGUAGCCAAGUACGAUCCACAAGAUGUCGUCAUUGCUAUUGAAGAUGCCACGUUGGGGUGGGCUACAAACGGUCCAGUGAUUUUCCAGCAUCUGGACGUGAGUGUGGGCGCUGGAGAGCUGCUAGUGGUUCAUGGACGUCCAGGCAGUGGAAAGUCUUCGUUUCUAUCGGCUCUCGUGGGUGAAUUGCAAGCGCGUGAUGGAAGUGACGGUGCUGCUGGGCGCGUGUAUGUCGGUGGUUCCGUAGCUUACUGUCCGCAGCAACCGUGGCUGCAACAAACACUUUCUGUGCGUGAUAAUGUGCUGUUCGGUCUUCCAUUUGACCGUCGCAAGUACCAGCGCGUGCUUGACGCCUGUGCUCUCGUUAAUCCUCUUGCAAUGCUGUCAACUGGUGAUCACACACUGGUCCAAGACUGGAAACCAACUCCAGGACAACAAUCUCUUGUCAGUUUGGCGCGUGCUUGCUAUAGUGAUGCAGAUGUGUAUCUUCUAGACGACCCACUGGCUCGUGUCCACCCGAGAUCUGCAGCGCGUGAGAUUUUCUCUCGCUGUUUGCUAGGACUCCUACGCAACAAGACACGAGUUGUUGUUACGACACGUGCAGAGUUCAUUAACUCGGAGUUGGUAGACGACGCCAUUCGCUUUGAAGACGGCGGUCGACUUGUGCAUACGCGGGAUAUUUAUAAAGGUAAGGGACGGAAGGAGCAAGAAGGAGACGAAGACAGCGACGAAGAACAGGAAGAAGCUGUCGAGGACAGCUGGGUGCAGUACUCUGCUUCUGGUGUUGACGUUGUGAGGACCGAUGAGCCGCCAUAUUGCCCGACAGAGGAGCCUGCAAACGUCGAGCUGUUGUGUAUGGAGAAUAUCGUCAACACAAGUCGCAAUUCACUGAAUGAACGACCGAUGCGCGAGUUUCUCUCGUGUGAAACAACAGCAGAUGCAGAGUGGAGAGAGGGGGAAUGGCUGCUCAAGUCGGUCCGUGCUUAUACGCAAGUUCUUGGCGGUCUUCGAAUCGCCCUGUUGCUCUUCAUCCUGCUGUUCAUGUGGCAAGCUUUGCAGCUGAUGAGUGAGCUGUGGGUCGCGUACUGGGUCCACUCAAGCAGUCAAACGAACUUGGUGGCAGAUCAACUCAUUUACGCUGCGUUGGCAUUAGGAGCUGGGCUUCUGGCGCUUGGAUAUUCACUUGGUAUCGCUGUGGCAGCAGUUCAAGGAGCGCGUCGUGGUUUCUUGUCCCUGGCGUCCGCUUUCCUACACGCUCCUCUGGUGUUCUUUGAUGCAUUUGGCGCUGGAAGCGGUAGGGCCCGAUCGAAGCGCCUCAGUCUGUCCAGAAGACGUGAACUCGAGCGAGUGUAUACGAAUAAGGAUCUCACUGCGUUGGAUACAAGAGUCCCUCUUGCGAUUGGUGCUAUGCUGGCUCUUGGAGCUUCUACUUUGACAGCGCUACUGACUGCCGCGGCAGUGACACGUUACUAUGCAGUGCUUCUAGCGCCUGUGGUGUACAUGUAUGUACAAGCUGCGAGAAUAUAUCUGCGACCGGCCCGCGAUCUUCUUCACUUGGAGCGCACAGCGCGACAGGCCGCUCGUCGUCACGCGGCCGAGACGCUAGCAGGCGCCCGAGUUGUUCGAGCCUUUGGACUGGCGCAUUUGCAUCGUGUUCUGGGUCACCAUUUCUGGCUGUUGGAUGUUGCAGCUCGUGAUGCUCAUCUCGGUCUUCAUAUCGACCAGUGGCUUGCGUUACGUGUGCAGUUGUACGGGGCUGUGAUCGUGGGGAUUGUGGCAGCGUCGUCCUUCCUGACUCUGCGUUAUACACUGAGUGCAAGUGUGCUGGCUUUGGCGCUAUACGAAGCGCUGGUGGUUGAUAGUGGCACGCUGGAGUCGCUUGUACGAGUGUGGGCCUGGUUAAGUCCUGUAUUGCCUAUUGCCGCUCGAACGCAGGCUGCUGUACGAGGAGCGGAAGUGAUCACGGAGAGUGCGGCGUACUCUACUGCAGCCGCACGACGCGCGUCGGCUCCUCUUACGCCUAACGAAGUCAACCCGUCUCUCUCGUGGCCCACAAAGGGCGAUCUACGCUUUGAUGCCGUGAGUUUCCGUGAUCCUGCUGCUGCGAUUGUUGACGAGCUUACCGACAUGUUCGAGAUUGGCGAUGGGGGUGCUCCACCCUUAGCUCUUAAAGGCGUGUCGUUCCGUCUACAAGCUGGAGAGAAAGUGGCUAUUCUCGAGUCAUCUGCAGCGUCGUCAGUGUCUUCAGUGGGUCGUGCAUUGCUGCGCUUACAUGAGUUAACAGCGGGGCGGAUCGUGGUGGAUGGAGUGGAUAUUGCCACUCUAGGACUGCGUACUCUUCGCUCGCGUGUGGCGUGUGUGUCAGCAGAAGCACCUAACGCUGCAUUAUACGACGGAUCGGUGCGUACGCAGCUCGAUCCAAGUGGCAGGGAUAUCGAAGACGAGCGACUGUGGACUGUGCUGCGUACUGUGGGGCUUGCAGACAAUGUGGCUACACUGGACGGACCGUUCCCAGGUGUUUCAAGUCUCCAGCAGAACCCGACAAAGCGAUUCCGCUUGAGUUUGGCUCGUGCACUGCUGAGUGAGCCAUCUGUAGUGGCGCUAGCGUUCGCUCCUGCGCUUGUUCCGCCACCCGGAGACGCGCCAGAAAUGCCCCAAUUUGCUCUGGAUGACGCUACACUUGAUAUCCUAUCGCGUGUGGUGCAUGAAGAGCUGUGUGACGCGACUGUGCUGUUUUUACUACCGUCGGCUACGGCAUCGCCACAGCAUGAUCAAGCACAAAGAGCGAUGCUGUUGAAUGCUGUAGACCGCGUGCUUGUAGUGGUUGAUGGCGAAAUGGCGGAGCUUGGGACACCUGCAGACCUGGCUGUGCCUGUACCAGACCCGGAUAGACUGGAAACUCUGGCUGAGGUUCCGAGUAGAUUGGAGCUGUCAGAUCUGGAACAUCCUAGUGAAGAUGGUGGUGAAAGGGAGCUACAAGAGCAGAGGGAGUCGGUGACGAGUGGGGAGUUAGUGAUGGAUACAACUGACAGUGCAGUCGAGUUUGAUACCGACAGUGCUGUCGAGACAGAGUGAAGAAUCAAGUUGCAAGUAAUAUGUGAAUAGGAAUACUAUUUUAUGAGCCUAGUAAAGAUUUGUUAAGUAAAACGGAAAGAAGGAUUCCUGUACUUUCAUAAGUAAUAUAUUGAGUUUCGC